AUGAGUGAAACGACUGCAGGCAGGGCCAAUGCUCACGUACUUGUUAGCGAGCAGCUCCAAAAAUGCCUUGAAACCGGCAAAAACGCUGUUUCCGGUGCCAAGGCGUCCGUGGAAAAACCGGUGCGGGAAGUGGUGGAAACCGUCACGCAGCAGGUGCGUGACUACACCGAGGCCGGUCGUGAGACGCUUAACAACGCCGCAACGAAGACACAUCAGUCUUUUAAUGCUACAAAAGAAAUGGCGCAGCAACUUGCUGACGAGGGAAAACAGCGCCUUGGUGGUGUGAUUGGCGCAGCAGCGUCGUACGUCAGUGGGGGAAGCCAGAAUGACGGCAACUGCCAAAACGGUGAGGGCAGAAGCAGCAACUCUUACGCCGCGCGAGUGCGGUCGGUCACCGAUCACUGCAUGGAAACAGGCAAGCAGGUUCUUCAUAACGCCAAGUCGUCAGCCGAGGCCUACCAUAAUGCGGCCGUUGAGGCGGUUCACAGCAAAGUCGCUCAUGGACGCCAGCAGGUGGGGGCGUACGCAACAACUGCGAAAAGUUCCGUUGAGCCCCUUGUCGAUUCAGCAAAAGAAGUUGUAAACACAUCGACAAAAUGUAUCAGUGAGACCCGUGAGGCCAUCCGUGAACAAAAGGAGGCCUGUAUAACGAAACUCGACAUGUUUCGCACAAAGGUCCGCACCGCGGCGGACAGGGGCAAGCCGCAUUUACGAAGCAUUUAUGACGAUGGGAAGAAUGCGGUUGCUAAAUAUGACAUCCACAUGAUUGUUGCUGUAUUCGCGAAGGUAAUCGCCGCGGUACUUCUUCUUGUGAAGGCAAUCUUUGAGGAGUUACUGUACUUUGCGUGGGUAAAGAACGCCAGAGACUAUGUCCAGAAUUGUCAGGCGACGCAAAAGGCAGAAAAAUUACUGGCGGCAGCCAAUAUCCCGAAAAACGUGGAGCGUGUACCCGUCGUUGGCCACAGCGCCGUGGCUGCCGUCACCUCGUUUGUGAAUGAAGUGAAGGAGAGCAUGGAAGAAAUGACGAAGCAAAGCUGA